AUGGCUGCCAAAAUAGAUGAGAUCUGCCCUGACCCUCCUCCGAAGGAGGACAUUGGGGUUGGUUCGAUCCAGAAAACCGAGAAUGAAGAGAAGAACAAUCUACACAGAGCCCUCAAAGACCGCCAUCUGAGCAUGAUAGCGAUUGGUGGUGCCUUGGGGACUGGAUUGCUAGUUGGAACUGGAUCGGGGCUCGCCAAGACAGGACCGGCGGGUAUCUUCAUUGACUACAGCGUGAUCGGUGCAAUUGUCUUUAUGGUCAUGGCUGCACUGGGAGAGAUGACUUCCUUUACCCCAAUGUCACGUGGCUUUGGUGGCUAUGCAUCGCGUUUCGUGGACCCUGCAUUGGGUGUAGCCACCGGCUAUGCGUACUUUUUCAAGUAUCUUCUUGCUACACCAAACCAAUUGGCAGCCGCUGCUCUGAUCAUAGAGUUCUGGUCUGGAGAGAGGGUGAACCCCGCGGUGUGGAUAACCGUUGCCUUCGUCAUCGUCCUUUUGAUCAACUUGGCUGGCGUCAAGUCAUUUGGAGAGUUUGAAUUUUGGCUCUCGUCCGUGAAGAUCCUCGUGAUGCUCGGGGCCAUCAUUCUUCUCUUUGUUUUGGCACUUGGCGGGGGUCCCGGAUUCGGGCGAACUGGCUUCCGGUACUGGCGAGCUCCUGGCGCAUUCGCAGAGUAUAAGCUCCAAGGAUCAUUGGGCAAAUUCGUUGGUGUGUGGAGCACAAUGUUGCAAGCUGUUUACGCCUACGGCGGAACGGAGUUGGUUGCUGUUACUGUGGCCGAGGCCCAGAAUCCACGGCUGGCAAUGGCACGAGCCGUCAAACUGACCUUUUUCCGCAUCUUGGUCUUCUAUGUGCUUUCAGUGCUCUUCCUGGGCAUGGUGGUCCCAUACAACAGCCCGGAGCUGGCAUUUGCUACCAAGUCUGGCACCAGUGCUGCCGCAUCGCCGUUCGUGGUGGCUAUCAAGCUUGCUAAGAUCGAGGGUCUUGACCAUGUGGUGAAUGCGUGUCUUCUGAUCUUCGUGAUCUCAGCGGCGACAUCUGACUUUUAUAUUGCAACAAGAACGCUGUACAACAUCGCGUCCGACGGGAAAGCCCCCAAGUUCCUGACUCGUACAAACGGCCGAGGUGUUCCUCUCUUUGCCAUGAUCCUGCCCACACUGUUCUGCCUUUUGGCAUACAUGAGCGUUAGCUCUGGGGCAAAGGCUGUGUUCGGGUAUUUGACCACAAUGGUGGCUACCUUUGGUAUGCUCACUUGGAUCUCUAUCUUGGUCACUCACAUUGCCUUCACUCGUGCGGUCAAGGUUCAUCAGAUCCCAGCGGAACUGUUCCCUUAUCGAGCACCGCUCAGAGAGUGGGGUUCUUGGGCAGGCUUGAUACUGCUCUGUAUCUUGACAAUCACGAAGGGCUUUGAGGUCUUCAUUCAUGGGUUUGACUACAAGAACUUCAUCGUGCAGUAUAUUGGCAUUCCAGUAUACUUGGCGUGCCUCUUUGGAUAUAAAGUCUUUUACAACACCCAACGAGUACGGGCAACUGAAGUCGACCUGGUCACGGGAGUCUCGAUUGAGCCAAUUGAACAGACAAGAGCUCGACACAAUGCCCGGUGGGAAGAGGAAAAUUCAGCCAAACAUCCGUUCAUUCGGGUUUGUCGGAAAGUGUUGGCAGUGUUGCUUUGA